AGCCCAAUUCAAACAGACAAGAUGCCUCCCCUGCUGCGUAAACCGCAAGUGAAUCCUUCGAUUUCGCGUUGGCGUCAAGCUCGCCGGAGGCUUCUUCGUCUCUGCAAAAUGUGGGCGAGCGCAGAAGGUGGUGCUCCGGAGGUCAUUCUGGAGACUUCCAUGGGUUCUUUCACCGUUGAGCUGUACUACAAGCAUGCACCCAGAACCUGCAGAAACUUCAUUGAACUCUCUCGCAGAGGCUAUUACGAUAACGUUAAAUUCCAUAGAAUCAUCAAGGACUUCAUAGUACAAGGUGGAGAUCCCACUGGAACAGGAAGGGGAGGGGAGUCCAUUUAUGGUCCAAAAUUUGAAGAUGAGAUAAGGCAGGAGUUGAAGCACACCGGAGCUGGUAUCUUAUCCAUGGCAAACGCUGGCCCAAAUACUAAUGGUAGUCAGUUCUUCAUUACUUUGGCGCCAUGCCCAUCUUUGGAUGGUAAACACACCAUAUUUGGAAGAGUAUGUCAGGGGAUGGAAAUUAUCAAGAGACUUGGCAGUGUCCAAACUGAUAGCAAUGAUAGGCCUAUCCAUGAUGUGAAGAUACUAAGGACAUCGGUAAGGAUUGACACAAAUUCCCUUCCCUGAUAUCCAAGAACUGUUGUUCCCACGGUAUUAUACGGACAACCGGGGAUUGUAAUUUUAUCACGAGUUCCUUGCAGAAAUGGGGAGGAAAUCUGGACUAUCAACGGCAACUUUAAUUUUAUCAUGAUGAGGUAGUGGAAGUUGUGGAUUUCUUACAGAACUUUAUAUUCAGGGUAGACGAAGAACCUGAUUCAAUUAUCUGCAAAAGUAUUUCUUACCAUGGAUGAAAUUUGCGUUAUGAACUUUUAGAAUCGAAGAAAUUUUUGAUC